CGGCGGCGGCGGCGCGGGGCGUCCGCCGGCCGGGAUGGGCCGCUACUCCGGCAAGACGUGCCGCCUGCUCUUCAUGCUCGUGCUCACCGUCGCCUUCUUCGUGGCGGAGCUGGUGUCGGGCUACCUGGGCAAUUCCAUCGCGCUUCUGUCCGACUCCUUCAACAUGCUCUCGGACCUGAUCUCGCUGUGCGUGGGGCUGAGCGCCGGCUACAUCGCCCGGCGCCCUCGCGGGGGGCUGGGCGCCACCUACGGCUACGCCCGCGCCGAGGUGGUGGGCGCGCUCAGCAACGCCGUCUUCCUCACUGCGCUCUGCUUCACCAUCUUCGUGGAGGCCGUGCUGCGCCUGGCCCGGCCCGAGCGCAUCGAUGACCCCGAGCUGGUGCUCAUCGUGGGCGCCCUGGGGCUGGCGGUCAACGUGGUGGGGCUGCUCAUCUUCCAGGACUGCGCCGCCUGGUUCGCCUGCUGCGGCCGCCGCCGCCGCCGCCGCCAGCAGCAGCAGCAGCAGCACCCGCAGCCCGCGGCCGGGGGCGGCACCCGCGGCGCUUUCGGGGAUCCUCAAGGGGCCGAGUGUGGCUGGCACGCCGGGGCCCUGCCCGCCCCCGGCCGCGACUCGGCCGUGACCCUCCGCGCGGCCUCGGUGGACAGGAAGGAUGAGAAGGGGGCUACCGUGUUCUCAAACGUAGCAGGUGAUUCCCUGAACACCCAGAAUGAGCCAGAAGAGAUGAUGAAAAAGGAGAAAAAGUCGGAAGCCCUGAAUAUCAGAGGGGUACUUUUACACGUGAUGGGGGAUGCCCUGGGGUCAGUGGUGGUGGUGAUCACAGCCAUCAUAUUCUAUGUGCUUCCCCUGAAACGUGAGGACCCAUGUAACUGGCAGUGCUACAUUGACCCCAGCCUGACUGUCGUCAUGGUCAUCAUCAUUUUAUCAUCUGCCUUCCCACUCAUCAAGGAGACCGCUGCCAUUCUGUUGCAGAUGGUCCCCAAAGGCGUCAACAUGGAAGAGCUGAUGAGUAAGCUCUCUGCUGUGCCUGGAAUUAGCAGUGUCCAUGAAGUCCACAUCUGGGAGCUUAUAAGUGGGAAGAUCAUUGCCACUCUGCACAUCAAGUAUCAGCAGGAUGGGGGAGAUCAGGAUGCCAACAGAAAAAUUCGAGAAAUCUUCCACAGUGCUGGAAUCCACAAUGUGACCAUGCAGUUUGAGAAGGCGGACCUGAAGGAGCCCUUGGAGCAGAAGGACUUGCAGCUGCUCUGCAGCUUUCCUUGCAUCGCCAAGAGCUGUGCCAAGCAAUUGUGCUGUCCCCCUGGGGCCCUGCCCCUGGCCCAUGUCAAUGGCUGUGCGGAGCACAAUGGCUGUCCCCCAUUGGACAUGUCCCAAAGUGAUGGCCUUGGUAGACUACAGACCACCGAAGUGGCUAUUGAAGUAUCUUUGGAAGAUCAUGGACAAGCUCUUGGCAAACCUCAGGAGGACUCACAUUAUGUCAACAGCACACAUUUUUAAUCUAGUGCCCAAUCAGUAAGACUAUAUAGACGAGGCACUUUGGAACCACUCGCUUGGCUUGUGGGAAGAACUUUGACGGCUGUAGGCACUGACCAGACUCGAAGUGAGCACGCUGCGUAAGCGACUGGUGGUUUGGAAUGCUAGUUGAACUGGUCUGUUAAUUGUUAUGUGACCGAGAACUCCUUUACAUUAUCCUAGGUGUUUCAUGCUGCUCUUCAACAGUUUUGUUUGAACAUUUAUUUUCUGAAGCAAAUGCACUAGUGCACACAUCAGGGACAUUGAAGGCUGGGACUCAAUGAUUGUGGACGCAGGAUUCAAACUAGCUUUUUGUUUUAAAUUGACUAGAACUUCUAGCUGACUCUCAGGUGAGCUCAUAGCCAAGUACGUCAAAAACAACUCAAGAACCAUAAUAGCUAUAUUCUUUUCCAUUCCACUGGGAGACCAUAAAAGAGAAAAGUUAGGUAAUCCUAUCAUGGCAGAAGUUUUUUUUCUUUGACUCAUUUUUGAAUGAAUGUAAAAUGAACACCUAGUAAGGUAGAAAAUAUUCUCAGAGCAUUAGAAUAUGUUGAGUUUACGGAGGAUGUGGAAAGCCAGGAAGAAAAUGAAUUUGAUGAUUUCUUCAUUUCAGGAAGUGGUGAGAAAAAGACUUUCUGCUGUGAACUACAACUAUUCAGUUCAGUUCAGUUCAGUUCAGUCACUCAGUCGUGUCUGACUCUUUGCGACCCCAUUGACUGCAGCAUGCCAGGCUUCCCUGUGCAUCACCAACUUCCGGAGCCUGCUCAAACUCAUGUCCAUCGAGUCGGUGAUGCCGUCCAACCGUCUCAUCCUCUGUUGUCCCCUUCUCUUCCUGCCUUCAAUCUUUCCCAGCAUCAGAGUCAUUUCCAUUGAGUCAGUUCUUCACAUCAGGUGGCCAAAGUAUUGGAGCUUCAGCUUCACAUCAGUCCUUCCAAUAAAUAUUCAGGACUGAUUUCUUUUAGGAUUGACUGGUUUGAUAUCCUUGCAGUCCAAGGGACUCUCAAAAGUCUUCUCCAACACCACAGUUCAAAAGCAUCAAUUCUUUGGCACUCAGUUUUCUUCAUGGUCCAACUCUCACAUCCAUACAUGACUACUGGAAAAACCAUAGCUUUGACUAGACGGACCUUUGUUGGCAAAGUAAUGUCUCUGCUUUUUAAUAUGCUGUCUAGGUGUGUCAUAGCUUUUCUUCCAAGGAUCAAGUGUCUUUUAAUUUCAUCCACCAUCUGCAGUGAUUUUGGAGCCCAAGAAAAUAAACUACAACUAUAGGUUGCUUCAAAUGUUUAAGUAUAUAAGAUGCUUGUGUUUUUCACUUGGAAGUAUGGGAAUAUCUCUACUUCUUUAAGUAUGACACAAUACUUAAAUACUGUCUUUUAGAGUCAGUCCAGUUGGGACUGAUAUCAUUUAUUGCUUGUUAAUGAUUUGCUUAUUUACACAAAUUUCCCUUGUGUUUUCUUUUAUAUGACCACAUUGAUCUAUGUAGCAUUUACCACAAGAAAAUGAGCAUUCUCAGGAUAGAAGAAUAUAAGACACUGAGUAUGCAUUCUUACCCGCCAAAUAAGCUAGAUUGACUUUCUUCUAAUUAGAUAUAUUUUAGGAUAUUUAUUACAGUUGUCAACUAACAGUUUGAUUAAAAAGUGUGUGUCCAAGGAAGAAACAAGCAUUUAUUAAAUUGCUGCCUUUAAUGUGUUUCAAGGAGGUUACAUCUUUCUUUCUCUGACCCAUAUUACCAAGCUUCAAAUACAUUUAUUACAAUCUGAUUUGCUUCCAAAAUCUACCUAUGUUAGUAUUGGAGAAACAUCUGUCACAUGUUUAACAAAUUGUUUAGGCAGCAGUGUUUUAACCAACGGUCUCAAAAUAGGUAUAAGUAAAUGGGAGGUGCCUUACUAGAGAAUUAGAAUCUUCUUUGAUGGGUUGCAAAAUUGACUGAGAAAGAUCAUCCUUUAGACUGUAAGCCUUGAGUCUGCAUGGUCUAGAAUCUGCACAGUUCUUGUAAGAAGUUAUGGGUUGGGAACAGAAAAGGCCCCCACAUUUUUCAGCACAAACACCAUUAAAAAUCUGUGUCUUUGUUUUAAAUUCUAAAGGUGAAGUAAAGAAGCAACUGUGGUCAGUAGAACAGGAAAUUUUUUAUUCCUGUUAAAUUCAUUAUCUGAGCUUAAAUUGGCCAUGAAUUACAUAAAUAUAAAAAUGCCUAAAUAUGUUUUUAUCCCUAGAAGUUUAUUAAGCAUAUAUACUUAAUGGUAUUAUAUAGAGUAGCCUGGCAAGCUACAGUUUAUAGGGUUGCAAUGAGUUGGACACGACUGAAGUGACAUGGUACAUACACACGCACAUGGUAUAUACUGUAGUGUAUGUAGACUUAGUAGCUGAAAUGAGAGUAAAUAUAAGACAUCUUUAUUUUUAAUGUUAAAAGUAUGGCAUGUACUCACACAAAAUGAGGAUUCUUUGUGAAACUCACCACAGUAGUAUGUGGAUCAAAUUCUCUUGUGUAAAUGUUGGUUGGAAUACAUUAAUUGGAGUCAAAGAAGAAAUCUGUCUUUCACUUCCAGAUUUGAAGGUCUAAUUUGAUUUCGUAUCAUUCUGCUUUCAUGAAAAAGAGGAAAAUAUCACUUUAUAGUUUUUGUGCAGCUGGAUAAAGGAAUGCUUAUUAGUUUACAUUCAAAUAAUAUUCUUUAAUCUCUAAAGUAUUUGUCUGCAAAGGAAAAGGCUCUUAAUUCCAACAUAAUUAAAUCUAACCUCAGGAAAUUAUCUUGAUGGACACUUACAAACAUGCCAAAUUAUGGAAUACAGUUUGGCUUGGUGUGUUUAAUAAUGUCCAAACAAGCUAAUUAAGUGCAAUAUUUUUGUAUUGGGUUAAGUGUUAGCAUUUGCCACCUCAGGCAUGUGAUGUAUUUUUACUUGGGUUUUACUCUCCCUUUUAGCCUACAUUUAACUUCUCCCAAGGCAAUGCAAGAGUUUUCUUUUUCCCUUUGCUUAUUGGCCGUGGUGCCCGAGGAACAGUGGAUUUAAACAACACUCUUCUUUUUCUGAGAUUAGAAAAAUCCUGCUACCCAGUUUAGCAUUGCUGUGUGUUUAGGUUAGUUCCAGAAAAAUUCCCUCUUUGUCCCUAGGAACUGAAAAUAACUUUUUAAGCGUCUAAGGAAUCCUUUGGGUGUCAGAUCAGAACCAGCGAUCAGGCCCACUAACCUGGGGACACAAGGCAACACUUAACCAUUGCCUCCUAUUUCUAUGGAAAGAGUCCUUUCCACAUUAUGUCAGCACUAGUUGUAGGAAAUACCAUGUCUGCUUCUAUUUCCCAAAUUUCAACUCUUUUUGAAAACAGGUUGAUUUUUUUCUUGUAUUUGGCUACUAUGAAUGUUCAUUGGGCUAUCAGGCUCCAUUGUUGACAGAAAAAAAUAUUAUCCCUUUAAUUUUUUGUUCAAUAAAAUAAGGAGACAUUGAGGAAGAAUUUAGAAUGUUUACCAUACUUAGGCUACUUUUUGUUUUUUUUUCCUUUCUUCUCUUUUUGGCCACCAACUGGCCAGUCUCUAGUGGAGGUAAAUCAGGAACUGAAAAGUUCAGUUGGAAGGGGUACUUUGAAUGUCAAAGAGAUCACUGAGAUAGAUUUAGAUUAUAAUAAGGCAGCUGCCUUUUGAGGUAGUAAGAGUUUUUUUUUUUUUAAUUUUUUUUAUGCCGGAUCUUAGUUUCCGGACCAGGGAUCCAACCGUGCUCCCUGCACUGGGAAUGCAGAGUCUUAACCACUGGACCUCCCAGGGAAGUCCCUAUUAAGCUGUGCCAAUCUUGACCUUCUGAACUGGAUAACUCUGUGUUGUGUGGGGCUAUCUGGUGCCUUGUAGAAUUUUUAGCAACAUCUCUUGACCUCUACCUACUAGAUUCCAGUAAUGUCCCCCAGAGUUGUGACAACCAACAAUGUUCCCAGACAUUGCCACAGGUCUCCCAGGAAGCAGAAUAGCCCCUAGUUCUGAGCCUUUGACUUAACCUAAGGGUUCUUGAGGGAUAUUGUGGAUGAAAGACCUUCGAGGGUCCAACAAUCCUUUUAAUAUAAUCACUGCAGAAUUUGCUCUUUAAAAAAAAUUUUUAAAAGAUGAGACCAAACUAUAAAAAUACAGUCAUCUUUAUAUAGGAAUUUGGAUAUUUAAAGAAAAAUACAACUUGGAAAAAAUAAAGCCUUUACCUAUCUGAUUAUACAGUUCAUACCAUAUAACAGUGAAUAAAAUGCUCUCACUAUUCUGUGAUGAUCUCUUCAACUUUUGACUAACCUCAAUUUGAUGGACUCACUGCCAAAUGAGAAGGGCACAUCAGCAUAACUGAUUCUUGGAGAUAACAUGCUUAAUUUUCCACUGAUUUUAAACCUGAUAUUUUUUGUUAUUGGUCCCUGACAAACAGCUCAUCUUAGGGCUAAUGACAAAUUCAGGCGUUAAAACAAUUUGUUUUGUUGUUCAUGACUCAUUUACUCCUUUGCCAAAUCAUAUCCAUUUUUUUCCCCAAGAGGACAAAAUACAUCUCCUGAUUUAAAUUAUCCCAGAUCUAAUGUAUCUUCACACUCUUGCAAUUAAAGAUUGUGAAAAAAGACUGGUUUAAAAGCAAUGAUGAAACAUGACCUAGUUUGGGUUUUUAUUUAAGACUGAGUAAGCAUGCCUAUUGUAUAGCCCUGUUGUUCACUUGAUAAAUUAUCACCUAUCUGUGCUUCUGAGUGUAUUUGCAUGUGAUUAGCCACAGGAAUAAAACAGAAAUGAAGUUGCUGAAUCUGGAAACUGGCUGCUCAAAUGAAACUUGCAUCAGCCUCUAGUCUUCACUAUCAUCUGAAUGUUCUUAGGAAUUUGGAAUUUAGCUAAUGAAGAUGUGUCAUUUUUUAAUGGAACUUUUCAGGUAUUUCUUUCUGGACUUUUUUUUGUUUACAUGGAACUUUCUUGCAUACUGCUAGAUGGAUCAGUGGUCUCCUUUUGGUACAAAGCCAAGACACUGAACCUGCUCUGAAUUCUGAUGGGAAUAAUCUGGAAAGGACGUUGAUUUUCAGGGGAGAAUGACUCCUUCCUAGAGGUCUGAAAUUAUGUUACAGUAUUGUGGAGUUCUGUUGCUUGAAGUCUUCCUUCUGUCCUCACAGGUGAUUUUGCCAAAGUAUAAUUGUCACAUUUGGGGGAAUUAUUAAAACUCUAAGAUAUACAGUUUCAAUAAGUCAUUGCUAAUUGCAUGUGAAGUCCCCCAGGGAUGUAUGCACAGGUGCAUACCUUUGAAAGCAAAAGAUGUUCAAUGGUGCUGUCAAUAAAAAGGUUUUAAAAUAAA